GUUCGUUGCUGCACAUGCGAAAUUUGGCAGGGAAGAAGGCAUCGUCAACAUGAACCUACCGUAAUAUAAAUUGACUUGGAUUUUACACUGUCAACGUAUUGUAUACAGGGGAAAGUAGAUGAAAUAGGACGAUACGUCUAGCUAACCGAAGAUGGUCCAGUUUUUCUCAAUCAAGAAAGUUAGGCAUUUCCGAUGGAGCAUUCCUACAUUGCUGCUCAUCAUGACAAUUCUCUUCGUAUACACGUUUAUAGAUGGCGCCACUAUCCAAAACGACUCAACAAACACCGCUGCUAUUUCUUCCGAAGAGAAAUCUUUGGAUAACGAACAAGAACACCACAUAACACGAGGGGUGCAUCCGAGAAAUCAACAGAAGGUACUUGCCAAAACGUUGAAUGCUUUGAAAUAUCCCACCAAGAUCCCACGGGGAUUUCUAAUGACGGUCCAACAAUUCAGUAAAAAUCGCAAAAGGGACAUUCAGAAAAGAGAUGUCGGAACAACUGUACGAAGUAUUGUGAUUGGACCAACUGGAGCCACUGGACCGACGGGUGCAACAGGACCAACUGGUUUUCGGGGUCCAACGGGUCCUACAGGCAUAGGAAUACAAGGCCCACCCGGACCACCUGGACCAGCAGGAGAGGAUGCCGUUGAAAACAUCAUGGCCAAACUUAAAUUAGGGGCAACUGGACCAACUGGGCUUUGGGCUACUGAACUGGUUACUGACCUGUAUGACUGUGUAAUAAAUAGUAUCGAAACAUUCAUGUCUAGAGCUAAGUUAAUUGACCAACUUAUUGAACAACGAAACUUAACUUGGCACACAGGACCAUCAGGCUUUCCAGAACAAACUGUGGAACCGACAACAAUAAUUGCCACGGGUCCAACUGAAGUCACGGAAAUCCAAAUAACGUUAACACCAAGAGGCUCUUCAAAACCAACUGAGCAGCCUACUUCAAUAGGUGCUACCGAACCAACUGACUCUCAAGAAGCAACUGAGCAACCAACUUCAAUAGGUGAUACCAAACCAACUGACAUUCCAGAACUAAUUGAACAACCAACUUCAACAGGUGAUACCGAACC